AUCAAAUCCAGUGAUUGUUUAUAAAAUACCGAUAAAAGUUAUUUUAGUUCAAUUAAUUCAAAAUGACAGAAAAUACGAACGAAUCAGUUGACGAGAUAAUGAAAAUAUCUAAAAUAAAGUUCUACGAUGAAGACGAGAGUGCUAAAAGGAAGGAUUACUUAGAGUGGGAAGAAUAUUUUAUGGGGAUUGCAUUCUUGGCAGCACAAAGAAGUAAAGAUCCAGCGACUCAAGUUGGUGCAUGCAUUGUUGACGACGACAAAAAAAUUGUAGCAAUUGGAUACAAUGGAUUGCCCAUAAAAUGCAGCGAUGACACUUUUCCUUGGUCAAAGAAUUCUGAUGAUCCACUAAAAAAUAAGUACAUGUAUGUAUGUCAUGCUGAAGUUAACGCAAUUCUCAACAAAAAUAGUAUCGAUGUCAAAGGCUGUACCUUAUAUGUUGCCUUAUUUCCAUGUAACGAGUGCUCAAAAAUUAUAAUUCAAUCACGAAUUAAGGAAGUGGUUUUUUGUUCUGACAAGCAUGCUGAAAAACCACAUACAGUUGCCUCAAAGAGACUUUUAGAUGCAGCAGGCAUCAAAUACCGACAAUUUGUACCAAAUCAUAAAAAAAUUAUAAUCGAUUUUGAUAAAAUUAACGAAAGUUAACGAUUUUGUGUUCCCUAUGUCCUUCAGACGCAAAUUUUAUUGCAUUUAUAAAAUGUGACAAUAUCAAGCAUUGCAAC